CAGAGGCUUUAUAUUUCAAAGUUGUGCAGGGAAGUCUUUCAGACUCGCCCAACCAGCUCCCAACCUCCUCUAUGAAGACAGUAAGGCUGCCCUCCAUUUCACAAUGGCCUCCCUUGCUGCAGCAAAUGCAGAAUUUGGCUUUGACCUCUUCAAAGAGAUGGACCACAGUCAGGGAAAUGAAAAUGUGUUCUUGUCCUUUCUGAGCAUCUUCACUGCCCUGAGCCUGGUCCGUUUGGGUGCUCAAGGAGAUUGUGCACGGCAAAUUGAUAAGACCCUUUACUAUAACAUAGGACGUGGAAACUCUUCCAACAACCAGCAGCCAGGACUCCAGUAUCAGUUGAAAAGAGUUCUUUCUGAUAUAAAUUCAUCCCACAAGGAUUAUGAACUCAGCAUUGCCAAUGGUCUUUUUGCAGAAAAAAUAUUUGACAUUCAUGAGAACUACAUUGCAUGUGCUAAAAAAUUAUACGAUGCCAAAGUAGAACGGGUGGACUUUACAAAUGAUGUAGAAGAUACCAGAAACAAGAUUAAUAAAUGGAUCGAAAAUGAGACACAUGGCAAAAUAAAGAAGGUGUUUAGCGAUGGCAGCAUCAGCUCCUCCGCGGUCAUGGUGCUGAUAAAUGCGGUGUACUUCAAGGGCCAGUGGGAGUCGGCCUUCACCAAGAACGAGACCUUAAAUUGCCGGUUCAACUCUCCCAAGUGUCCUGGGAAGCCAGUUGCCAUGAUGCAUCAAGAGCGGAAGUUCAACUUGUCCACUAUUCAGGAUCCAUCCAUGCAGGUUCUCCAGCUCAGGUAUCACAGUGGCAUAAGCAUGUACAUUCUGCUGCCCGAGAACGACCUAUCUCAAGUUGAGAACAAACUGUCCUUUCGGAAUCUAAUGAAGUGGACCAAUCCAAGAAAAAUGACCUCUCAGUAUGUGGAGGUGUUUCUUCCGAAGUUCAAGAUAGAGAAGAACUAUGAAAUGAAAGGGCAUUUGAGCACCCUGGGGCUGAAGGAUAUCUUUGAUGAGUCCAGAGCUGAUCUCUCUGGAAUAGCUUCAGGAGGUCGCCUCUAUAUAUCAAAACUAAUGCACAAGUCUUACAUAGAGGUCACCGAGGAGGGCUCAGAGGCAACUGCUGCCACAGAAAAUAACAUUGUGGAAAAGCAGCUCCCUGACUCGACGGUGUUUAAAGCUGAUCACCCCUUCCUGUUUGUCAUCAGGAAGAAUGACAUCAUCUUAUUUGGUGGCAAAGUUGCUUGCCCUUGAAUAUCCAAUUGGUUUCUAGUAUAAUCGUCCCUGUGACAUCAAUGAUAUGCCCUAUGUAAAUAGAUUUGCUGAGUUGGAAUCGUGUGGUGUUCCUUUAACUUUAUUUCUUCCUAACAUUGGCCAGCAGAUAAUUUCGGUGACCCAACCCCUCUCAGAUGCCUGGUUGGUUGUCUUGAUCCCUGAGCUUAGCCUUUCUACUUCUAUCUGGUCCCUGGUUUCUAAUUUCAUUGGCUUUCCACCCACACUCCUUCCUGCCAUUCUCCUCUAUAGCCUAUCUAGGGAUGAUGGAGCUUGCUUACAGGCAGUGAGAAGGUAGAAGCAGCACUAGGAAUCCUUUUUGAAACUCUAGACACUGCAGAUUUUCUAGCUUGGUUCUGAAUGAUCUGGGAACUAAGACUGGUGUUUCCUAGAAAUCAGUGUGAAGGAAAACUUCCUGGCUGACCUUAGAAGACAUGAAAGCUGACUUUAAUGCAUUUGAUUUUAACUCAAUGUAUAGUCUAUAUGCUAAAAAACUAUGGAAUUGGGAUUGGGGACCAACAAAAUAUUUUAUUAAUGAUUUUAAGUUGUCACCUUUGGGCUUUCCUUAAUAGACUUAAUAUGUAUGUACAUAGUUUUUCAGAUAUUAAGCACCUUCACCUGUUGGUUCAUAUGUUGUAAAGUUCACACGUUUUUCCUUUAUUUAUCAAAAUAAAGAAAAUACCACAUCUG